AAAAAACUUUUUUUUAACAAAAAAUAACAAAAACCCUAAAAAAAAAAAAAAAAAAAAAAUUAACAAUGAACCAACAAAGUAAUGUUCAAGGAUGGCUCAUGGACGUACCAGGCUAUCGGGAAAAUUAUCGAAAUGAGCGUCGUCAUUUGUUAGACAUUGAGGAAUCAGAUGAAACAAGCCAGAAAAGAAGACCUUGCUCACUCUUAUCCAUUAGCUCAGAAGACAGUAUCAACUUGGAUGAUUUAAUCAAUGCUAAUUUUACAACGGAUAUGGAGGAUGAAACUGAUUUAUCGGCUUUAUCUGCAUUGGAUUUGGAUGAUUCACAUGAAGACUUUUGGAAAAUGGAUAAUUUUUUAAACCAUUUAACACAUCCAUUCCCACCCAAGGAUAAAGGAAUCUUUCCGCAUGACGACAGUAACAGAUCAACUUAUGAAGAAGAUUUGUUUAGCUCGAAAAAUACCAGUUUAGAUGACUUGUCGGACUCCUUUUAUCAUGAAAAGGUAACCGAGCAUGAUUUCAUGGCAAGUUUAAAGUUAUCUUCUAGCUAUGGAGAGUUUGAUAAUCCCAGGUUGUUACAGGUACCAGUGUCACCCAAGACAUCUCCUAUUAUUCAUCGUGAACGCAUGCACCGGUCGGGGAGUAUUAGUAGUGAGAAUAGUAUGAAUUCAGCUUCCACAAUCACACCACAUUACCGUGCUCUCUAUCCAAGUACCUCCACCUCCACUUCUUCUAUCGGAAGUCAUUCCACAGCCGCCAGCUCUUUUUUACCGCGAUCCACUACCUCCAAUAAGAACACAACAGAAAGAAUCACACAACCUCGAUUUAGACCAGCAGCACCACCUGCCAGUUUAUCCGAAACCACAUCCACAAGGCAGCAAGUGGGUUUAACAAGACGUGCUACACAUAUACCUGCACCAGCAGCUACCUCCACUUCUCCUUCUCCUCAUAAAAAGACAUUAAUAGCAUCUCCAAAUCGUACAAAAUCCACAACACUUGCACAUAAAAAAAGCAAUCCUACCUUGGGUCGAUCAGCAAGUCGUAUCGGAGGUGGUGGUGGUAGUCGAGCAAGUCAUAUUCCAACACCACCACGUAGUACAACAUCCUUGGGUAUUUCUUCUAUUUUCACAUCACAGCAGGAACGACCCAAGACAUCCUUGGGUUCUACAUUAAAAUCUCCUUCCAACUUGCGACGGGCACCGUCUACAUUACCAACCUUGACUAAAUCCACAGGCUUAAGGUUACCCACACGUAAACUUGUAUAAUAAGAAACAAAAAGGCUGUAAAUAAUUUCCUUUCACAUUAAUAAAUAAAAAUUUCAUCCCCAUUUCUACAAGCUUACCACCAAAAAAAAAAAAAAA